CCACUAAUACGUCAGUCAGACAACAAUGGCGGCCUUCGCUGUAGCACGGAGCAGCUGCGGUCUGCUUUCCGGACUAAAAGCUUCUUUUAAAACAUUCGGACAGGUAAAACAUGGCGUGGCUUCGGCAGCCGUUGCACAGUCCGAGCUGCAGCAACAGUCGCGGCGGUGGUAUUCCGUUAGUCAUCUCUCCGUUCAGGAGAGGAUAGACAGAAAGAGGAAUGCUGCGCUGAUCGGAGGAGGUCAGAAGAGAAUUGACGCGCAACACAAAAGGGGGAAGCUGACAGCCAGAGAGAGAGUUGAGCUCCUGUUGGAUAAGGACUCGUUUGUAGAGUGUGACAUGUUUGUGGAACAUCGCUGCUCUGACUUCGGCAUGGAAGAGGACCACAACAAGUUCGCAGGGGACAGUGUGGUGACUGGACAGGGGAGGAUCAACGGAAGGCUGGUGUAUGUCUUCAGUCAGGACUUCACAGUAUUUGGAGGCAGUCUGUCUGGGGCUCACGCACAGAAGAUCUGUAAGAUCAUGGACCAGGCCAUGAUGGUGGGUGCUCCAGUCAUUGGUCUAAACGACUCUGGCGGAGCCAGGAUACAGGAGGGGGUGGAGUCACUGGCUGGAUACGCUGACAUCUUCCUGAGGAAUGUGAUGGCUUCAGGUGUGGUUCCUCAGAUCUCUCUGAUCAUGGGUCCCUGUGCUGGAGGAGCUGUCUACUCUCCUGCCCUGACCGACUUCACCUUUAUGGUCAAGGACACCUCAUACCUGUUCAUCACAGGUCCUGACGUAGUGAAGUCUGUCACCAAUGAAGACGUCACUCAGGAGGAACUGGGAGGAGCUAAAACACACACCGCCGUGUCAGGCGUCGCUCACCGUGCGUUUGAGAACGACAUCGAUGCUCUGCUCAACCUCCGAAACUUUUUCAACUUCCUUCCCCUUAGCAACCAAGACCCCGCCCCCGUUACUGAGUGCCACGACCCCAGUGAUAGACUGGUUCCUGGUCUGGACACCAUUGUUCCCUUUGAGACCACUAAAGCCUACGACAUGCUGGACAUCAUCCAGGGGAUUGCGGACGAGAGGGAGUUCUUUGAGAUCAUGCCUAACUACGCUAAAAACAUCGUAGUGGGAUUCGCUCGCAUGAACGGACGAACUGUUGGAAUUGUAGGGAAUCAACCUAAAGUAGCGUCUGGUUGUCUGGACAUUAACUCAUCAGUGAAGGGAGCUCGCUUCGUUCGUUUCUGCGACGCUUUCAACAUCCCCAUCCUCACCUUCGUGGACGUGCCUGGUUUCCUGCCAGGUACGUCUCAGGAGUAUGGAGGUAUCAUCCGACACGGGGCCAAGCUACUGUUUGCCUUUGCUGAGGCCACCGUCCCCAAGAUCACCAUCAUCACUAGGAAGGCCUACGGAGGAGCGUAUGACGUCAUGAGUUCCAAGCACCUGAGAGGAGAUGUGAACUACGCCUGGCCGUCUGCAGAGGUGGCCGUGAUGGGAGCCAAGGUAACGCAACACACCUCCUACACAAGACCAAGGUAACACAACACACCUUCUACACAAGACCAAGGUAACGCAACACAACACACCUUCUACACAAGACCAAGGUAACGCAACACACCUCCUACACAAGACCAAGGUAACGCAACACACCUCCUACACAAGACCAAGGUAACACAACACACCUUCUACACAAGACCAAGGUAACACAACACACCUUCUACACAAGACCAAGGUAACACAACACACCUCCUACACAAGACCAAGGUAACGCAACACACACGUAACACAACACACCUUCUACACAAGACCAAGGUAACACAACACACCUUCUACACAAGACCAAGGUAACGCAACACACACGUAACACAACACACCUUCUACACAAGACCAAGGUAACGCAACACACCUCCUACACAAGACCAAGGUAACGCAACACACCUUCUACACAAGACCAAGGUAACGCAACACACCUCCUACACAAGACCAAGGUAACACAACACACCUUCUACACAAGACCAAGGUAACACAACACACCUUCUACACAAGACCAACGUAACACAACACACCUUCUACACAAGACCAAGGUAACACAACACACCUUCUACACAAGACCAACGUAACACAACACACCUUCUACACAAGACCAAGGUAACACAACACACCUUCUACACAAGACCAAGGUAACACAACACACCUUCUACACAAGACCAAGGUAACACACCUUCUACACAAGACCAACGUAACACAACACACCUUCUACACAAGACCAAGGUAACACAACACACCUUCUACACAAGACCAAGGUAACACAACACACCUUCUACACAAGACCAAGGUAACACACCUUCUACACAAGACCAACGUAACACAACACCUCCUACACAAGACCAAGGUAACACAACACACCUUCUACACAAGACACCUUCUACACAAGACCAAGGUAACACAACACACCUCCUACACAAGACCAAGGUAACGCAACACACACGUAACACAACACACCUUCUACACAAGACCAAGGUAACACAACACACCUUCUACACAAGACCAAGGUAACGCAACACACACGUAACACAACACACCUUCUACACAAGACCAAGGUAACGCAACACACCUCCUACACAAGACCAAGGUAACGCAACACACCUUCUACACAAGACCAAGGUAACGCAACACACCUCCUACACAAGACCAAGGUAACGCAACACACCUUCUACACAAGACCAAGGUAACACAACACACCUUCUACACAAGACGAAGGUAACGCAACACACCUUCUACACAAGACCAAGGUAACACACCUACACAAGACCAAGGUAACACAACACACCGUCUACACAAGACCAAGGUAACACAACACACCUUCUACACAAGACCAAGGUAACACAACACACCUUCUACACAAGACCAAGGUAACACAACACACCUUCUACACAAGACCAAGGUAACACAACACACCUUCUACACAAGACCAAGGUAACACAACACACCUCCUACACAAGACCAAGGUAACACAACACACCUUCUACACAAGACCAACGUAACACAACACACCUUCUACACAAGACCAACGUAACACAACACACCUUCUACACAAGACCAAGGUAACACAACACACCUUCUACACAAGACCAAGGUAACACAACACACCUUCUACACAAGACCAAGGUAACACAACACACCUUCUACACAAGACCAAGGUAACACACCUUCUACACAAGACCAACGUAACACAACACACCUACACAAGACCAACGUAACACAACACACCUUCUACACAAGACCAAGGUAACACAACACACCUUCUACACAAGACCAAGGUAACGCAACACACCGUCUACACAAGACCAAGGUAACACAACACACCUUCUACACAAGACCAAGGUAACGCAACACACCUUCUACACAAGACCAAGGUAACGCAACACACCUUCUACACAAGACCAAUGUAACACACCUUCUACACAAGACCAAGGUAACGCACCUUCUACACAAGACCAAGGUAACACACCUUCUACACAAGACCAAGGUAACACACCUUCUACACAAGACCAAGGUAACGCAACACACCUCCUACACAAGACCACGGUAACACACCUUCUACACAAGACCAAGGUAACACAACACACCUCCUACACAAGACCAAGGUAACACAACACACCUCCUACACAAGACCAAGGUAACACAACACACCUUCUACACAAGACCAAGGUAACACAACACACCUUCUACACAAGACCAAGGUAACACAACACACCUUCUACACAAGACCAAGGUAACACAACACACCUUCUACACAAGACCAAGGUAACACACCUUCUACACAAGACCAAGGUAACGCAACACACCUUCUACACAAGACCAGGGUAACGCAACACACCUUCUACACAAGACCAGGGUAACGCAACACACCUUCUACACAAGACCAACGUAACACAACACACCUCCUACACAAGACCAAGGUAACACACCUUCUACACAAGACCAAGGUAACACACCUUCUACACAAGACCAAGGUAACGCAACACACCUUCUACACAAGACCAAGGUAACGCAACACACCUUCUACACAAGACCAAGGUAACACAACACACCUUCUACACAAGACCAAGGUAACGCAACACACCUCCUACACAAGACCAAGGUAACGCAACACACCUUCUACACAAGACCAAGGUAACACAACACACCUCCUACACAAGACCAAGGUAACGCAACACACCUUCUACACAAGACCAAGGUAACGCAACACACACGUAACACAACACACCUUCUACACAAGACCAAGGUAACGCAACACACCUCCUACACAAGACCAAGGUAACGCAACACACCUUCUACACAAGACCACGGUAACACACCUUCUACACAAGACCAAGGUAACACAACACACCUCCUACACAAGACCAAGGUAACACAACACACCUUCUACACAAGACCAAGGUAACACAGCACACCUUCUACACAAGACCAAGGUAACACAACACACCUUCUACACAAGACCAAGGUAACACACCUUCUACACAAGACCAAGGUAACACACCUUCUACACAAGACCAAGGUAACGCAACACACCUUCUACACAAGACCAAGGUAACGCAACACACCUUCUACACAAGACCAAGGUAACACAACACACCUUCUACACAAGACCAAGGUAACACAACACACCUCCUACACAAGACCAAGGUAACACAACACACCUUCUACACAAGACCAAGGUAACACAACACACCUUCUACACAAGACCAAGGUAACACAACACACCUUCUACACAAGACCAAGGUAACACAACACACCUUCUACACAAGACCAAGGUAACACACCUUCUACACAAGACCAAGGUAACGCAACACACCUCCUACACAAGACCACGGUAACACACCUUCUACACAAGACCACGGUAACACACCUUCUACACAAGACCAAGGUAACACAACACACCUCCUACACAAGACCAAGGUAACACAACACACCUUCUACACAAGACCAAGGUAACACAACACACCUUCUACACAAGACCAAGGUAACGCAACACACCUCCUACACAAGACCAAGGUAACACAACACACCUUCUACACAAGACCAAGGUAACACAACACACCUUCUACACAAGACCAACGUAACACAACACACCUUCUACACAAGACCAAGGUAACACACCUACACAAGACCAAGGUAACACAACACACCUUCUACACAAGACCAACGUAACACAACACACCUUCUACACAAGACCAAGGUAACACACCUACACAAGACCAAGGUAACACAACACACCGUCUACACAAGACCAAGGUAACACAACACACCUUCUACACAAGACCAAGGUAACGCAACACACCUUCUACACAAGACCAAGGUAACGCAACACACCUUCUACACAAGACCAAGGUAACGCAACACACCUCCUACACAAGACCAAGGUAACGCAACACACCUCCUACACAAGACCAAGGUAACGCAACACACCUCCUACACAAGACCAAGGUAACACAACACACCUUCUACACAAGACCAAGGUAACACAACACACCUUCUACACAAGACCAACGUAACACAACACACCUUCUACACAAGACCAAGGUAACACACCUACACAAGACCAAGGUAACACAACACACCUUCUACACAAGACCAACGUAACACAACACACCUUCUACACAAGACCAAGGUAACACACCUACACAAGACCAAGGUAACACAACACACCUUCUACACAAGACCAACGUAACACAACACACCUUCUACACAAGACCAAGGUAACACACCUACACAAGACCAAGGUAACACAACACACCUUCUACACAAGACCAACGUAACACAACACACCUUCUACACAAGACCAAGGUAACACACCUACACAAGACCAAGGUAACACAACACACCUUCUACACAAGACCAAGGUAACGCAACACACCUUCUACACAAGACCAAGGUAACGCAACACACCUCCUACACAAGACCAAGGUAACGCAACACACCUCCUACACAAGACCAAGGUAAUGCAACACACCUCCUACACAAGACCAAGGUAACGCAACACACCUCCUACACAAGACCAAGGUAACGCAACACACCUCCUACACAAGACCAAGGUAACGCAACACACCUUCUACACAAGACCAAGGUAACGCAACACACCUUCUACACAAGACCAAGGUAACGCAACACACCUUCUACACAAGACCAAUGUAACGCAACACACCUCCUACACAAGACCAAUGUAACGCAACAUACCUCCUACACAAGACCAAGGUAACGCACACAUACUUCUAGCCAUGGCAACAUUCACAAUGUCAAAAUGGGAAAAGGUCAGUGCUCACUUGAAAACAUCCAACAUGUCUGCCUCUCUAACAUGUUCCCAGGGUGCUGUGCAGAUCAUCUUCAGAGGGAAAUCCAACCAGGCAGAGCAGGAGGCUGAAUACGUAGAGAAGUUCGCCAACCCUUUCCCUGCCGCUGUCAGAGGGUUCGUGGAUGACAUCAUCGUGCCGUCGACCACCCGGAAGAGGAUCUGUAGGGAUCUGGAGGUUCUGGCUUCCAAGAAACAGACCAACCCCUGGAAGAAACAUGCCAACAUCCCACUCUAACAGACACCUUCAACCACCCGACCGGUCUGUCUCCAAUUUCACCUGUAGCUUAGAGCAGGGCUCUCCAACCCUGUAGGUUUUCACUCCAACCCUGUUCCUGGAUAUACCUUCCUGGAGGUUUUCACUCCAACCCUGUUCCUGGAGAUACCUUCCUGUAGGUUUUCACUCCAACCCUAAUAAUUUGUUGGUUGAUAAGCUGAAUCAGGUCAGUUACAGGAAAAACCUACAGGAAGGUAUCUCUCCAGGAACAGGGUUGGAGAGCCCUGGAUUAGAUCCAUUUAUCUCUCCCUAACCCUGUGGGACUUGUUAGGAAGAAUCAGCAUUUUUCUGUCUGGUGAAUCCAGACUGAUUUGUUAAAUAAAAUCAUUGAAAUUGUAAA